AUGGAGGAGGACGAAUGGACAGGCGAGUUCAAUCCCAUGGCUGACCCAGAAGAACGCAAACAUCUUCUUUCGGUACUAGACUCCUUCCGCUCCUACCGCCGCCUCGCCCACUACAACACUACGCACCUUCGGCGCCGGGCCUUCUACUCCCUGCCAUCUGCACAUUGGACACUCCUCAGCCAGCCUCCUUUCUCCGUGCUCGAUUCUCUUUCCCACCUCGAUGACUUGAUCGACUCCAAUGCUGAGCUUGCGGAAGCCAUCUUCUGCGCGGGAUUCCAAGCCUUUGUCGCGCCUGGUCUUGACAGCGAGCAAGUCGCCAGCAUCGUGCCCGACAAGUACGCCCACGGCCCUUUCCAGAUUUUCAGUGCGGUCAUGGAUCACCUAGGUGCGAAGGGCACUGCAAAUGAUUCGGAAAAGGCGCGGAGCUGCGUGAAUCAAUUUUACCGGGAAUGGAGCGCAGAAGGAAGCGCAGAACGAGAGAAAUGCUUCGUUCCUGUUCUCUCCACACUUGUCUCGGAAUAUUCGUCACGAAGAGCCAAGGAUAAAGAGCUGCAAAAAAAGGAUAUCAAAGUGCUUGUCCCAGGCGCUGGGCUAGGCCGACUCAUCUUCGACAUCUGCAAGGCCGGCUACAGCGUCGAAGGCAACGAAAUCUCCUAUCACGAGAUUAUGGCCUCCUCACUGGCUCUCAACCACAUGUCCAAAACAGGACAGUUUAGGAUUGCGCCUUUUGCGCUGAACUGCUCGAAUCACCUCAGUCGCACAGACCAGUUCCGUACCUACAAAAUCCCGGACGUGCAUCCGGCGUCAGAGCUAUCGGAAGGCGACAAUGGCAAUAUGAGUAUGUCGACGGGCGACUUCAUUGUACUGUACAGUAAGCCGGAGUACAAGCACGCAUUCAACGCUAUUGCAACCGUGUUCUUCAUUGACACUGCGCCCAAUGUUAUACGAUACAUUGAGGCGGUGCAGAACUGUCUCAAGCCUGGCGGUAUCUGGAUCAAUCUUGGUCCGCUCCUAUGGCAUCACACGUCGCGGAUACAGGAUCCGCACGAAGAAGAUGCGGACGACCGGAAGAACGCGUACAAGAGCGAGGACAUAGGCAUUGCCGACCCAGGGUCUGUCGAGAUUACGGACGAGGAGGUUGUCGCUUUGGUGCAGCAUUUUGGGUUCAAUAUCGAGAAGCACGAGCCAGGCGCUGUCGAGACUGGGUAUAUUACUAACCCGAGGAGUAUGCUUCAAAGCACGUAUCGAGCUUCUUUCUGGGUGGCGCGAAAAGAAUGA